GGUAUAUCUGGCAUUAGCGCCGAGACAUCACGCAAUCUUCAUAACUUCAUACAAAUAAGUUCGAUUCAUAGCUGUUUUAAAAUUACCUACGAAAAAAGAAUAAGCUACUAGAUUGCUGCCAUGGAUUUCAAGCUUCAUUUUGGAAGUGAAAAUCUCACUAAAGAAAGGGUGAAUUACCUAGUUCGAAAUUCCAAAGACUAUGCCUUGAUGAAUGGCGCUUUACUGCAGUCAAAAAAGACGCCGGGUAAAUCCAAUCAUGUACCUUUUAUGCUGUUCCCCACUCCCUUUCCGAAGAAGCUCUUCGAUGAAGUGAAGCAAGUACAGAAAGACUUAAAUCUUUUGGUAUUUAAUGUCAGCAAAGACCACGAAUUCUUGAGAGAAUCUCUACAAGGGACUAUCAAAGCUGAUGAAUUCAUUGGUCAAAUCUACGAUAUCUAUGAACGAACAAGAAAGGAGGGAAUAUCACAGCCGAUAGAAGUUGGCAUAGUCCGAGCAGACUACAUGUUGGAAAGUGACAAACCAACUGUAAAAAGUGUCAAAGAAUGCAAUGAAAACAUGAGCGUCAAGCAGGUUGAGAUAAACACAAUGGCGGCAGGAGCUGGCAGUAYGGGCUGCCAACURACAAAACUUCAYCGUUAUCGACUUAUUUUUCUAGUCUUUGAUUUCAGUUAUCUUGUUGGGAUGCUAAAUCAAGAUUUUUCAGUUAUAUCUCAAAAGAUUCCUAAUAAUACAGCAGUGAGUGGAAUAGGUGAAAUCCUGGCUCAAGCAUGGGAGAUAUACGGAUCCAAAAGCGCAAUUAUAUUGAUGACAACGUUUGACGAGGACGUGGCAAAGUACGACCAAACAUUAACGGAGUACUACCUGCACGAAAGAGUUCCAAGGAUUAAGCUAAUUAGAAGAACGUACGAAGAGGUGCACAAAACCGCCAAACUAGUUGACAAGAAGCUUUUCAUGGAAGGCCAGGAAGUUGCUGUAGUAUAUCAUAGAUAUGGUAUACUUCCAGGAGAAUACAAAACAGAAGAUGCUUGGUCUGCAAGGCUUCUUAUAGAGAGAUCUCUAGCUAUCAAAUGCCCAACUAUUGCAAGUCAGUUAGUAGGGACGAAGAAAAUCCAGCAAGUCUUGGCAAAACCUGGAGUGGUUGAAAAAUACAUAUCAGAUAAGGCUACUGUACAGCGACUUAGAAGGACAUUCACUGGCCUUUAUUCUCUAGAUGAGGGACCAGAAGGUGACCAGACUGUCAAAAUGGCAUUCGACGAUCCAGAUAAGUUUGUUCUCAAGCCUCAGAGAGAAGGAGGAGGGCACAAUAUAUUUGGUGAAGACAUCAAGACUACGCUAAGCCAGGAAGAUAGAUCGCAGUUUAUUUUAAUGGACAAAAUACGAAGUCCUUCAGUGAAGAACUACAUUGUGCGGCCAGAAAAUAGCGAACCUGCUUUUACUGAUGUUGUCCCUGAAUUCAGCGUUGUCGGGGUAUACAUUGCCGAUGGGGAGAAAUUAACUGCCAACAGAGAAGUAGGGCACACAAUGCGUACGAAAAGCAACAAGUAUGACGACGGGAGUGUUUCUUCUGGAAUAGCAAACUAUGACAGUCCAUAUCUAUUUUGAAACAUGUCUAGGAAUGGUAUAAUUUAUUCAUAGUUUCACGUCUAAUAAAACUAAUCGGACUGAGCAUUCAUUAUAAUGAUGUAAAUUUUAAACUAUUUUUACUGGGAUACCUGUGAUAGCCUAGUUUUCAAGUGUGUCUUAUGGUGUUGAUUUGUCUUUAAAAAGUUCGGAAAUCUCGAAAACUUGGAUUUUAAUGAAAGACAUCUAAGGUAAAUUUCAUUAAACCGAUAUUGUACUGGAUUAUCUGUAGUUAUCUUUCGUUUUUUAAGUAAAACUAUAACUAUGAAUUCAAAGCUUGAAAAUGUGGGCAAAGGAAUAUUACCAACGUAAAAGAGAUAAAGUACUGACAUUGAAAGUCGAAAGUCGAGAUAUUGUAAGAAAGCAAGAGAAUAUUACAAAAGAGAGCACAUCUCCCAUGCAUAGGUCUCUAAGCAUGUAAGUCUUUUGAAAAUCUAUUUUUAGCUCCGCGCGCAAGCCUGAGCUAUUCUUAGCAUGCGAUUCCUGAUUGGUCAGGGUUGUAGUGGCUUCAAUGUGAGAGAAAAAUGUUUAGUUUUCGACGAGAAAAAUGUCUUCAAAAUUAGUAAAAAGUUGAAAUUAAACUAUUAUGUAGUCUUUAUAGACAAAUAAAAACAUUAAGAGGGAAUUCUUUUCGUAUUCAAACAGUGAGCGCCAAAAAAAAGAGCAUUUAUUUUAAAAGAGCAAACCAAGGGCACUUGGGGAAAAAAUAUGUACUUCACUUGACUUGGCUUGAACUUGAAGCCUAAAAUUACCCCCUCCCCUCCCCCCUACAUUUAAAUGCAAGGUGACUUCUAGAUAAAUUGACUCAACAAAAAAAAARGGGGGAUUAAUUUGAUAUCGAAAUAAGAACGACUAUACAGUUUUUACGAACCUUGAUAUCAUUAUCAGGGUAUGCGAAUGUAAAUUUCCAAAACCUUGUUAGAUUUCAAACAUUAUCGCAGACGAAUCUCUUAGAAUAUUAACAUUCCCUUACGUUCUUUAUAGUUUUAGAGCACAGAAAGAAAGCUAGCGAUACUUUUUGAUUUGAACUAGUUUGUUUGCUAUUCUUAAGUCAAUCAUGAUUUGCCAGUGCUUUACACGCAGUAUUCGUAAAGAUUCUAAAGAUCUCACAAUAAAGGAAAAGAAACAGAUCGUUAACCAUUAAA